UAGCGCGCGUGAGACUAAAAAUUGUCUCAAAUUAAUUGUAUCUCCACACAAGUGUGGAAUCACCUAAAAAAUAAAAGUCUGUGUGUUAGUUGAAUUUAUAUUUAACAAAAUGGCUUUAAAUUUUAUUUUAAAGACUUUAUUGGUGACAGUUUGUGUAUUGGGUGUAUCAUCGGAAUUUAGCGCCAAUGAUACUAAAAUGAUCAGUGAAAUAAUGAAUAAGUUAAACGAUUUCCCUCAAACAUUCCUACGUGGAUUAAAAGAUUUGAAUGCUUCACCGGAUUGUAUAAAGGCCAUGAAACUUUAUGAGGGUGCAGUUGCAAGUGGAGAAGAAUGGGCUUGGAAAAUGUUGGAUGCAAUGUCCAAGCUACAAUCUGGUAUUCUGGCUGGGAAUAUGUAUAAUUUGGGCGCUUACGACGAAUGCCAAUCGAUUCGAGAUGUUGUGAUCUAUGCACCGAAUCGAGACAUCAGUGUUGGCGAAUCCAGGAUGGUAAUUAACGGAAAGUACUGCUUAGGUGCUGGUCAACUGAUUCCUGGCAUUUCUAUUGGAUGGGCGAUGUGCAGCCCAGAUGCAUGUUCAGCGGAUGAUUUAAACAUAUUGAUGGCGUCGGCAGAACUGCCAAUUUAUUUUUCUGAAAUUAAUUGUCACGAUCCAAGUUUGGAUCCGGAAAUUACCGGCGGAGAUAUAGCUGUUAUAGUAUGUUUUGGAAUAAUUUUGGGAUUAAUGGUUGUAUCAUCAAUCUACGACGUGUAUCUCAGAUAUUUCAAUAAAAAAACAAUUCACCCUAUACUACUGGCGUUUUCUGCUGUGACCAACGGGGAGAAACUCUUUGCAACCACAGAACCAGGUACAAUCACUGGCCAGCUGGAAUGUCUCUCCGGUAUCCGUUCAAUAAGUAUGAUGUGGGUUCUCAUUGGUCAUGUCUUCAACAUUAGCACGAUGGUCGGAGUAGCAAAUACGUUGAACUUCGGAAGCUUUAUCACUGAUGGUUGGACAAUGUACAUCCGCGGCGCUACAGUCUCCGUAGAUUCCUUUUUUCUAAUGGGUGGUAUAGUAAUGAUCUAUGUUUAUUUGAAAUCAACGAAAGACAAACAAACUUUCAAUGUUUUCUUAUACUAUUUGCAUCGUUACCUUCGUUUAACUCCUGCUAUGGCCGCUGUUCUAGUGGUACACAUUACAAUUCUUAAACAUUUUGGAUCUGGACCUUACUGGCCUAUGAUCGGUGGUGCUUACGAGUUCUGUGAGAAAUAUUGGUGGAGUACACUGCUAUACAUUCAAAACUACGUGAAUCCCGAAGAAAACUGUAUUGGACAAAGUUGGUAUCUGCAAGUAGACAUGCAACUGUUUCUUCUUUCACCACUUAUCCUGUUUCCAAUCAAACGUUGGCCAAGAUUGACACUUGCUGCAAUUGUCGUAGCUGCAUUGGCGUCCAUUUCUACCGGUUUUGCAGUUGCGUGGGUCCAUAAACUGACUGAUAUUAAUUCAAUAAAUCUAGAGAAUCCAAACGCAUCGCUCGAUUAUAUGAAAAUGUACUACACCGCUACAUAUACUCGUGCUGCCCCUUGGUUAAUUGGCAUCAUAGUUGGUUACUUCAUUUAUAAAAUCAAAGUUGUACAAAAAGGAGAAUUUAAGAUGAGUAGACUGUUAAACUUAUGCUUAUGGGCCGGAUCAUUGGCAGUUUUGGCUACAUGCGUUUUCGUAGACAAAUUGCAAGACGAAUAUGAUCGUCUUGAUAUGUCAUCUUACAUUGCUUUCCUUCGUCCGGCAUGGUCUAUUGCACUAUCUUGGUUAAUAUUCGCGUGUGUAAAUGGAUACGGUGGUCCUAUAAAUGCGUUUUUAUCAUCGAGGGUAUUCCAAGUAUUGGCACGUCUUACCUAUUCGAUGUACCUAAUACAUUUCACUGUCCUUAUGGCUUUGGUUAUGUCAAUCAAACAGCCACUACUGUUCUCAAACGCACAAAUUAUGUAUGAAUUCUGGUCCAUUUUUGCUCUAGUAUUUGCAAUCAGCGUUGUAUGGACUUUGGCGUUUGAAUCUCCGGUUAUAAUCAUUGAAAAAUUAAUUUUUGGUGGUGGCAGUUCAAAAAAACCAGUAGGCGACAAGGCAACAAGCAAACCCAUUGAUGUGACUGAAAAUAUAAAUAGUCAUAUUGGUAGCCCAUCAAAUUUAGAAAAUAGGAAUGUGGAAAGUGGUUUACAUCAUCGUUUGGGUGGAACAGUGAAUAAUCCAAAUGGCGUUGUUAACGCUGGCUAUGUUGAAGAGAAACCAAAACAAAGUGACAUGUCAAUAAUUUUUUCAUAAUAUUAUUAGAGAAUGAACAACUCUGUAAAUAUUAAUUUUAACAUAAUACUUUGAGACUGCUAGAAAUGUAAUAAUUAUAAUUUAAUAAUAUUUUUUAUAAUAAUUUAAUAAUAAAACCUAAUUAAAUAAUAAAGCAUAUAUGAACUAA